AUGGCUCCCAAAUUUGACCGUGAGAGAACGACACAAAUCGCGUUUGAAAGUUUUAACGCCCCCGCGGCUUAUCUAUCCAAUCAGGCUGCAUUGGCACUCUAUGCCGCUGGCAAGACCACCGGACUCGUUUUAGACAUUGGACAUGGAGUCACACACACUAUUCCAGUUGUGGAAGGGAAUAACAUCUAUCCUGGGGUAUUUAGCAUAGACGUUGCAGGUGAAGAUUUGACAGAAUACCUUCAAAAGCUGACUGGACGAAGGGAUUAUUGUGAAUUGUUGAAGGAGAAGUUGUGUGAGGUAUCCCUAACUCCGGAGAAGAUGGAGUAUUCCCCAAUCAUGAAGUACACUCUUCCUGACGGUGAAGAAAUUGCAAUGGGAGGUGAAAGAUUCCAAUGUCCAGAGGUACUAUUCAAACCCAGCCUGUUGGAGAAAGAAGCAGGAUGUCUGGCAGUGCAAGAAGCAGUCUAUCAUUCAGUCCAACGCUGUGAUCGCGAUACGCGAAGAGAGAUGUACGCCAACAUCGUGUUGGCAGGUGGAUCAAGCAUGUUUCGUAACUUAAAGACCCGGUUGACUCGAGAGAUCAGCACGAUCGCACAGUCGUCCUUUAAAGUCAAUGUGAGUGCACCUCCUGAGGGUGGAAAAUAUUCUUCCUGGCUUGGAGGAUCUAUUCUCGCCUCGUUGUCCACAUUUCAGAAGAUGUGGAUUACGAAACAGGAGUAUAAUGAAUGGGGACCCAGCAUUGUUCAUCGAAAGUGCAAUUAG